GGCGACGCUCGCGCCGAGGCCGCCGGAUGUCGGUGACUCGGCCCUUCUUUCCUCCGCGCCGCCGGAUGUGGAGAAGGCUAGAUUUCCGGUACCGGGCGGCGCACGUGUCUCUUUUUCGGGUGGUCCAGCUCGCCAAAAUGAAGUUCAAUCCGUUCGUGACCUCAGACCGAAGCAAGAACCGCAAGAGGCACUUCAACGCGCCCUCGCACAUCCGGCGCAAGAUCAUGUCGUCCCCGCUGUCCAAGGAGCUCAGGCAGAAGUACAACGUCCGCUCGAUGCCCAUCCGGAAGGACGACGAGGUCCAGGUGGUUCGUGGACACUACAAAGGUCAACAAAUUGGCAAGGUAGUCCAGGUUUACAGAAAGAAAUAUGUCAUCUACAUUGAACGUGUGCAACGAGAAAAAGCUAAUGGCACGACUGUCCAUGUGGGAAUUCACCCUAGUAAGGUAGUUAUCACCAGACUAAAACUGGACAAAGAUCGCAAAAAGAUUCUUGAACGUAAAGCCAAAUCCCGACAAGUUGGAAAGGAGAAGGGCAAAUAUAAAGAAGAAACCAUUGAAAAGAUGCAAGAAUAAAAUGGUCUGUUGUACAGUUGUUAUUAAAAAUGAAAAUUGAA